GGUGGUGAGGAGGCGCUGCAGGCGGGCAGGGACACGGCCAGUCGAGCAGACAGCGAAGGCGGCAGGAGGAGCGUCUCGGAAGUACACCUCUGCUCUUUGUUCGACUGCUUCUGGGCAGACUGGGCUAACAGGGGAGACCUGGGAAAGGAGGAAGUGCAUCAGGAGAACGACAAAGAAGGCGGCGACUCUGCCCGCCGCGCGUCCCCGUCAUUUCGUGAGAUGGUGACAGAGCUCCUGGCGCGUUUCGGGCUGCUGGACGUCCUGCCGUACGGCAGCAGUACGGCAGAUCUUCUUGCCGUACUUUCCGACGCAGAGGCGGCCCUGUACGACAGCGACUUGUUGGAUCGCGACAGCGAAGCGCUGUUUGACGCACUGCUGGACGAAGCGACGAAGCGAGUGAGGUUGACGGUUUACGACUACGAGGCCGCUUGGUGCGGGUGGUCGGGGUCACAUCCGCGGCUCGUGGAGAAGGCGAUGCGCUAUUUUCUUGCAGGACAGGAAGGGGAGCCGGAGGACGCGGAGGAGUUCGUUGAGGUGGUUGAGGCGCUGCGUCCCGGGCUGUUCGCCGCGCAGCGGGAGUCGUGGGGCAGGCUUGCAGACAUGCUGGUGAGGGUCGGCAGCAGCAGCGGGAGAGGAGACACGCGUGCGACGCGGUUACGGGAUCUGUCGUCCUACGCCGUGAACGGUCUGCUAACGCUGGGAGCGGAGGGGCUGCCGCUGCAGCUGCUGCGACUGUCGUAUUGUAUAAUGGCAGGGGUCCUGCAAAGAGAGGAGGAGCAUCGGGCCCUGGCAGAGGCGCAUGGGGGCCAUGAGCGCCACGACCCACGGGACAUAUCGACGGCGGACGUCACUUGGACACACGGCCGCGGCCGCGGCGUCGACCUCUUUUACUUCCUCGCCUUCGUGCCCUCGCCCCUCGCCCUGGUUCCGGAGCCCUCCUGGGUCACACCGGAGGUACGGCAGCUGCUGCAGUACGACAUGCCCGGCCAGCCGCCACCGUCGUACCUGCCUCUCCAUGCACCCCAACACCAGGCCUACAUGGCACAGCUGCUCAACCGUUCAAUGGGUGUUUACGCCGCUUGUGGCGGCUUUGCAUCCUUGCUGGCAGGCUGCUUGGUACGGCGCUGCGAGCAGCGGCAGCAGCAGCAGCAGUCGGGCGGGUCUACUUCCUCCUUGUUUGGGUCACAAGCGCGGGAGGCGUCAGCGGAUGCGUUGUUGCUCCUGGCGGUGCUUGCGGCUGAGAGCAGCGAGUGUAUGUUUGGCAGUGCGAGAGGCAGCAGCAACAGCAGCAGCGUCACAGUUGUGGGCGUCGGGGGAGCAAGAGGAGGAGGUGGAGGAGCGGGAGCGGGAGCGGGAGCAGCAGAGGUGGAAGGCGGAGAGGGGUGGUCGUACACGGAUGACUUUGAGGAGUACUCGCCCACGCAGAUGUCGCCUUUGGCGAUAUCGCCUGUAGGGUCCCCAGUGACCCGGGGGUCGGCAGCGGCGUCGGCUGCCAAGGCGAACGCUCCUGCCGCCCCCCCUGCCGGAGCGGGAGCCUCCGCUAGCGGCAGCGGUGCCGGCAGCAGCAGAGCACCACCCCAGCAGCAGCAGCAGCAGCAGGAGCGCCGGCAAACGUACGAGCGGGCUGCUAGCUCCGACUGGCGGGCGGCAGGAGGCGCCGCACCGCCGCCCAUGGCCCGGUACCUGCCUGCCGGAGGGGCCGGCAGCAGCGCCUCCACCGCCCCCUCCGCCCCUCUGGCGAUCCUUCCUAGCUGCAGUCCGGAUGAUGUGGUUUCGGCGCUGAUGAGGCUCUUGCGCUGUCGACCGCGUUGGGAUGACGUGGGGGGGUCGCGCGAGGCGGUGGGCACCACCCGGACCCCUGCUGUCGCGGCUCCCGCCUCCCUGCGGCUGGCCGGUGCCGCGGAGACGACCCUCGUGCUGCUGUUCCUGUACUCAAUCGGAGACUGGAAGCAGUGCCCCAUGUGCUUCCGACCCAGGCUGGUGUCGCCGCCGGCGGCAGCUGCGUCGGCUGCGAAAGGGCAGGCCCCGCCGCCGCCGGUGGAGGUGCUGCUCGAGGACGUGCAGAAGGGCUUGGUGCCGGCAGAGGCGGAUGCGCCGUACACGCAUGCCUUUGAGUGGAACCACAUUCGGAAGCUCAGCAGUUGGCUCCGAGUUACCGCCACCAGCAAGGAGGGUGAGCACAUGCGGCUGCUGCGGAAGGCGUUGGUGGCCAAGCGGCUGGGCACGUUUUGGCUCCAGGCGGAGGGGGUGGAGGGCAUUCAGCGGGCCCUGGUGCUGGCAGCGAAGAUCAUCCAAGAGAUGCGCGACAAGGGGCUGGACGCCUUCGUCACACCACCCUACCUCGUCUGGCCAGAGCUGCCCUCCUCCCUACCCCCUAAUGUGGACUUAACCGACGCCCUAGCUCAAAACCAUCUCAAUGACCUGGUUUCCCACGUCGACGAGCUCCUGCACAUCCAAGACGACGAUAACGACGACGCGCUGGACGAGCAGGCCCCCGCACGUGACCUCUGGCACCUGGCGCCCCACCUCCACCCCGUCUACUCCGCAGCUUCCGCCAUGGGGGCGGACGUGUGCGGCCACUUCAUCCGACUGGGCGCGGAGGAGCGGGUGCGGUGGCUGCUGCAGGCGCUGAGAGGAAACCCCGGAGCAGGCAACAACAACGCAGGCAGCGGCAACAGCGGCAGCACUAGCAGCAGCAGCAGCAGCGGCGGCGGCGGUGGGUUGCGGCAGAAGCUGCACUUGGAGUUGCGGGUGUUUGAGUGCGAGCGAGGGAGGCCGGACCGGCCGGUGUUGCCGCUGGGUAAGGUGGCGGAGCGGAAGCGCAUGGCGGCGAUCAUGUACGAAAA